GAAAACCAGCGGCCGGCUAGCUUCAGUUGGUAGGGCAGCUGCAGCCUGAGCAGGAACUGCAUCUUCAGACUUCUGCUCAGCCACGAGAGGAGCUAGGGUCACCCGGACGCCUAAGACCCUCUCACAUCGCUCCGACUCGCCGGGACACUCCCAACCAGUUUCCUCAGCCCAGACUUACCUGUGAGCUCCGACCUUCCCCAGCUUGCAGCGGGUGCUCAGGCUUGCUGCAGAGACCUAGGACAACAGUUCGUGGGACACCCAACCCCUCACUUAGCUCUCCUCCGGUACCAGCGUCUCCCCCAAGGGGGUCGAGCAUGGUGAUAGUGCCUUGAAGGACCCUGUCUCUGGACGUCUGAAAAGAUGCUGGCCAUGAAGCUGUUCACUUGCUUCUUGCAGGUCCUGGUUGGGUUGGCUAUGCAUUCCCAGGGGACCCUGUCUGCUGGGAACAACUCAAGAGAAAAGGAAGUGGUGCCUUUCAGCGAAGUGUGGGGCCGCAGUUACUGCCGGCCGAUGGCGAAGCUGGUGGACAUUGUGGAUGAGUACCCCGAUGAGGUAUCUCACAUAUUCAGCCCGUCCUGUGUCCUCCUGACUCGCUGUGGUGGCUGCUGCGGUGACGAGAGUCUUCACUGUGUACCGCUGAAGACGGCCAACAUCACCAUGCAGAUCUUGAAGAUCGCUCCUGGUAAAGAACAGCAUUCUCGUGUAGACAUGACGUUUUCUCAGGAUGUGCUCUGCGAGUGCAGGCCUAUUCAGGAGAAGGUGAGGUCAGAAAGGAGGAAGAUCAAGGGGAAGAGGAAGAAAGAGAAGCAGAAACCCACAGACUGAGGAACCCUGCCUCAGGUGAUGCUGUUUCCCCGGAGGUAACCAGCCACUCGGAGGAGAGACCUUCCCGCACCCAGCUCAUAUAUUUAUUACCGUCACCCUCUCAGAACCCUCCCUGCUGGUACCUACCCUCUAUUUAUUAGCCAACUUGUCCCUGCUGAAUGACUUGCUCCCUCCAAGAUAAGGGGCAUGGAAGGAUAGAACCCUCAGGAAUUCAGUGCCUUAAACAGAACGUGAGAGAAAGAAGGAAGCCAGCCACGGAUCCGUGGGAGCUUCGGCUUGGGAAGAAGCAAGACAUGGACACGGUGCCAGGGGCAAGCCAGGCACCAGGAGGCCCUGAGUCCCCAGAGAACUGCAGAAGAAGAGAGGAGGGCUAGUACCUGUCCUGGCUCCCGGCUCCGCCCAGACAGCAGCUCUGGCCCUGGCUGCAUUGACACAUGUAGUGGGGACCCAGCCAUGUCCUCCUGCUGCUAGGGUCAACAGUUUAUCCUGAAGACCGGGACAGGGCAUUGGGCCCAAGAGAACAUAGCUCGCUUGUGGGCUUUGCCUUUCAGCCUACAAGUCCACGCCAUCACCCUUCACAGAGCACCGCCACCCCGUCCCCUCUCAGAGACACAGGCAGAGUAGCCUGGGGGCUGAACAGAGGGCGGGAUGAAUGAUGAGUAAUGGCCCAGUGGGUUGUCAAACUUUGAUAGCUGUGAGUCAGGGGCGUGCAAAGGAAAGCGAGCAGAUCCCUGGAGGGCGCUUGCAGCCCAUCCGUUGUCUUGUGCUGGGACUGUCUAACUGCCAAGCCAGAUUCUCUUGAAUAAAGCAUUCUAGUC